UUUUGUUAUGUUAGAAUGGAUGUGUGUAGUUUUCUUACACGAUUCAUACUGCGUUAUGUGUUGAUAACAUUCAUUGUAACCAGUGGUUUUUACAGUAAAACCUCAUCAGCACGACACAAGCAUGUAUCAACAUUUGUGGAUGACAGAACACAAAAUUACUUAAUGAAUUUUGGAUAUUUACCAUUUUCAAAUUCCGAAACUGGAAACUUAAGAACGGAAGAACAAUUAACUGAAGCAAUUAAAACGUUACAACAAUUUGGUAAUAUACCGGUAACUGGAGUAAUUGAUCAAGCAACAAAUGAUCUGUUACGAGCACCACGAUGCGGUUUACCUGACUGGCCAAUGACAUAUUCACAGACACAACAUAGAAAGAAACGUUUUACGCUGCAGGGUCAAACAUGGCCACACACAAAUUUAACAUGGAGUUUACGAUCGCAAAGAAUAGAAAAUUUAGAUCCGAAUUUUGUGCGACGUGAAUUAUCCAGAGCGUUGGAUGUUUGGGCUCAACAUAGUAAAUUAACAUUUCGUGAAAUUAAUUCCGAUGAUGCAGAUAUUUUAAUUUAUUUCUUCAAAGGAUUACACAAUGAUGGCUACGCAUUUGAUGGGAAAGGUCAAAUUCUAGCACAUGCAUUCUUUCCGGGAACGGGACGUGGCGGAGAUGUACAUUUUGAUGAAGAUGAAACAUGGAUUCUGCACGAUCUUGGCGAAAAUGAUGAAGGAACCAGUUUAUUUGCAGUUGCUGCUCAUGAAUUUGGACAUUCAUUAGGAUUAUCACAUUCUUCCGUUCCUGGUGCAUUAAUGUACCCAUGGUAUCAAGGUACAAAACCAGAUGUACUGCCUGAAGAUGAUCGCCUUGGUAUUCAACAAAUGUAUGGAACAAAAGAAAAUAAACAAUGGGGUAGCAUUCCAUCGAAAUGGAUGACAACCACAACUACAUCAACGACAUCUACAACAAGUACCACCACGAGCACGGAGCGAACUCGCCAACAUUAUCACCCCUACAAUACUCCAGAAUAUGCUCCUCCAAAGUAUCCACAUUAUCAUCCCAGAGAGAAACCAAGUCGUCAUAAUCCAAAACAACCUCCAUACUAUCAUCCAUCCAAAAACAUUCCACCGAAUUAUCCAGAUUAUCCGAAUACCAUUCCAUCUGGACGAUAUCCACAACAAUGGCCACCUUCUCAAAGGCCACCUGUACCUCCACCUAGACGGCCACAUUAUCCAGAUUCAAAACCAGAACGACCAGAACGGCGCCGACCACAAGAAGAUCCAACACGUAGACAUCAUAUUCCAUAUUGGCCAACAAGGGGUAGUGAUGAAAGGCCAGAGAGACCACGUGAAUUUACGACUACAACAACAUCUACACCAAGUACGACUACGACUACAACUACUACUACUACCACGGAAAGACCAUUUCGUCGGUCACGACCUACUAUUCGCCAUAAACAUACUCAUCGAAAUUCUAAGCAUCCGCCAGAUAAAUGCAACAUGUCAUACGAUGCCAUUACUGUUAUCCGCAACGAAGUUUUUAUUUUUAAAAACGAAUAUUUAUGGCGGAUCGGAGAUAAUGGCUUGUAUGAAGGAUAUCCUGCAGAAAUAACACGUAUGUGGAAUGAUUUACCACCAAAUUUAUCCUAUGUGAAUGCUGUAUAUGAACGCAAUGAUCAUAAAAUUGUUUUCUUUAUUGAUAAAUUAUAUUAUUUAUACAAUCGAAAUAGACUUGAAAAAGGAUAUCCGAAAUCAUUAACAAAUCUAGGUUUACCGGAUUAUGUUGAUAAAAUCGAUGGUGCUAUGAUAUGGGGUCACAAUGGCAAAACUUAUCUAUACAGUGGUGACAGAUAUUGGAGAUUAGACGAAGAAACAGAAAGAGUUGAGUUAGAUUAUCCUAGAGACAUGUCAAUGUGGGGUGGAGUUGGUAAUAACAUUGAUACAGUUUUCCAAUGGAAAGAUGGGAAAACAUAUUUCUUCAAAGGAUUAGGAUUUUGGAAAUUUAAUGAUCGAAAAAUGCGUGUAGAAAAUCGUAAUCAAAGUUUAUCAGCACCAUUUUGGAUGGGUUGUCCUGUUGUACAUGAACGAUUACAACCAUCGGAACGUCCUAUGAUUGGAUAUCGAACGAACGGUGGUCUAAAACAAAACUCAACAGCUAAUUUAAUUGUAGUACUAUUUGUAAUUAUUCUAAGUCUAAAUCGAAUAUAAAAAUAAAAAAUAAAAAUUAUUUGUGAUAAAAUAAGCCUAAACAAUUUAGGCAUCUCCUAUCAUGCAGACUAUAAGUUAUAUAUUUUUACAAUCCACAGAUAUUGUGGGGCGGCCUCUAAUGUGAGUCAAAAUAGUCUUAUUUCUACCAAAUAAUAUAAUUUCACUGCCAUUUAAAGACGACAUUUCAUUGACAAAAUUAUGUUACGAUUCAUUGUAAGUGGAGGCUCGGAGCAAAGGUUUUAUGCUUACCGCUCUAAUUUUGGCCUUAUUUCAUUUUAUUUGUUUCGAAAAAGAGUAUGUUUUAUUUAACGAUCGUGAAAUUAAGUAUACAUUUUGAUUCAAUAUUUUAUCGACGCUUGUAAUUUUGUAGAUAAUUUUUCGAUGUUUCGAUGGAAAUUCGUUAUGAAAACGAUUCCGUUGAAUGUAUUUACAAGUAGUUAAAAUAGAAUCUUGAUUCUAUUUUAGUGUGAGCGUUAUUUUAACAAUGAAGAAUGGGUCGUUUGCAAUGAAAAAAGAUAGGAAAGAGAUGAAACUGCUUUAUAAUGACAAUGGUUGAGUAAUACGGCGUUGAAACGCUUUACGAUCUAUCAAUGGGAAACAUUUUACCAUAGUUGUUUGGCUAUGUUUUUCAUUGAUAGAUUCUUACACUUUAACGUAUUAAAUUUUCGGUGGAAAAGUCAAAUUAAUAACUAGAAUUGUACAAUAUUAAUAAUGAAUCUCUAUAGCCAUAAUUGUUCUACGAAAUAUUUUUCAGGCAAAAAAGUUUCAGUUUAUUUUCCAAUUUUCAGAAAGAAAUUAUUUUAUUGCCUUAAAAUAGUUCAAACUUUACACAACACACUUGUGGGUGUCCUGCUAUUUGCCAAGAUUUUACUGUUUCACUGUCAAUGAUUUUUUUUCUUUAGGUCGAACUACUCAAAACUUUACUGACGGAAUGUUUAUUUUUGGUUUGGAAACAAAAUCGAGCCAGGCGUAGUUAGAUCCAAUGAAUUAUGAAUACUUUGGUAGAUUUAUUUUUUAUUCUUUGCGUGAUAGUGUGUUAGGAUAUUUCUACUAGAUUUUCUCAAUAGAAUGUUAUCCUCCCGGGACGAAUUUUUAAUAUUAAUAAUGUUCUAGCUUUUGUUAAAAUGCAUUUGACAAAUCGAUUUAAAUUGUUAUUCUAAACAAAAUAUGGUUGACAAAUAGCGGUCAUUUUGAUAUUGCUAUUUGACUAUUAGCGUAACAAAUUUUUUAAAAUCAUUAUCGCUUUUUCCACUUUUUAAAUGACAAAAGAAAAUUUUUUACGUAUAACUUUUGUCUCACGAUAGUACCAUCUCU